AUGGGGUGUCUUCCCAACCGCCCUCAACCUUCAAGCGCUGCGGGAUCAGGCCAAAGGAUUCCCAUCUCGGAUAUCGUCAGCUUCGCACUCGAUAGGCAACAUCUCUACGACCAGAACAAGCCGCUCUUCAUUGAUGCCGAUGACCCCAUCCUCUCGUUAUCCGCCAGUCAAACGAUAGCAUUGGUGUCGAGACUGGUCGCGGGGUUGCGUGCGGCCGGACUCAAAAAGGGCGAUGCUGUGUUAUUGCAUCUCGGAAACCAUUAUCUCUACGCCUCCCUGUUCUUCGCCAUCGUAGGCGCAGGUGGCAUCUGUUGCGCCUCUAACCCGGCCCACCAGUUCCAAGAUUUGAACCAUGUCGCCCAUCUUUCAGCCUCCAGAUUCGUCAUCACAACCCAGACCAAGACGGCCAUCGUGCACGAGGUAUACACGAAACAAGGCAUCCCGCCCUACAAUGUCUUUUUUGUGGAAGCUCUCGACCACCAGGUC